AUCAAUUUAUGCGUGAGUUGUCAGCGUGUUUCUUACGAAUUCGUGCAAAAUAACACAUCAAACGAGAUUUUGCUGGGAUUGAUUGGUAGUUUCGGUUUUCAGGUUGUAUACAACUGAAUCAAGUUUGAAUCCAUUGGAACGAACCUUUGUUGGCAUCAAGAGAUAAAUCGAGAUUCUCUUCAUAUUGGAAGAAACGCGAUAUUUGACGUGGGAUUUAUAGCUCUCUUGAAUGGUCUCCAUAAGAGUUGAUUUCUCAAUGAGGAUAUUCUGAUUACCAUUAACUUUGAAAUCAAAGGAUUAUAGAUCCAGGUUCUUCUAAGAAUAAAUCUCAUUGGAUUAUUAUACUGGACUAUUAGUUCAUAUUCGAUACUCCUCAUUGGCCGACGACUAACAACCACUCAUUGUUGGAUUAUCUAAUUAACAGACUAAGUGAUUAGUUCAUCAACACUAAUCUUGGAGUAUUUCUCUGCACUAUUUGGACUAUAUCACUGUGACAACACCAUCCUGACAGCGCAUUAACAAGGCCAAGAAGAUGUCCUGAUCCGCGAGUCCCCAUGGAAUAAGGAUUUUCAAAAGGAUAGACUCAGGAUCUUAACAGUGAUGUAGUUCUGUGGAAUAGCAGUGCAAUAGGCAAGAAUAGAGGUGGUUGCAGUUCAUUGUGGCAAUGAGAUUAACAGUCCAUGAGUUUCGAAGCAUGGACCCAGUGUGUGGUUGUCAAAUCAGACGGAAUUCCAGGACGAAAUCCUGGCUAUACAACAUACAGCACUAUGUGCUAGGCUCGAUAUUCAUAUGGAUAUUACUGGUGCACACAGUGUCAUGUGAUCAGCGUUUUAUGGAGGAACCGUCGGACCAGGCCGUGAUCGCCGGUAGCACUGCUACAAUGAAAUGCGCCGUUGCGGAUAUGGUCGGGGAACUCCAGUGGACAAAAGACGGGUUUGGAUUAGGCGUCGAGCGGGAUUUACCGGGUUAUAAACGAUAUUCCAUGAUAGGAAGCAAGCAAAAUGGUGAUUUUCCUGGCCGAGACAUAUGGGAGGCAUAUUUGAUGAUUGAAAGCGCUCGAUUAGAAGACGAUGCCAUGUACCAAUGUCAAGUUGGCGCCACGGAAAACACAGCGGGAAUUAGAAGUAGAAACGCUGUCCUUUCAGUAUUAUUGCCUCCAGACCGACCUACAAUAAACGGUGGUCCGCUGCUCACAGUUACAGCCGGUAAAACAAUGAAUAUCACAUGUACAUCAGAAAACGGCAAACCGGCGCCGAAUAUCACAUGGUACUCGCAGGGGAAAAAAAUCACGGAGAAAGUACAGUACUAUGCAGCCAUGCAAAAUGAUCAUAAAAGACAAGAUGCAACCAGUAUCCUGACUAUCACGCCCACCAAGGCCGACCAGGGCCGAGAGUAUGAAUGUCGCGUGAUGAAUGCUGCAUUAUUCAAUGCCAGAAAAGCUCAAGCCUCUCUUGAUGUAUGGUAUCCGCCAGAUGUCACAAUGACAGUCAACCCUGCCAAAGGUCUGAAAGAAUACCAAACAGUCAGCUUUAAAUGUGAUGGUCGGGGAAAUCCAAAUAAAGUUUCAUGGAAGUGGUUUCGAGAUACAACAGAAAUAUUUGGCGAAAAUUCAAAUUACCUGGAAUUGACCCAUGUGAUGCGGAGUUACCAUGGCAACAUGAUAACUUGUGAAGGGUCAAAUGAAGUUGGUGGGACGCGGCAGAGUUAUAGGUUGAAUAUAGAAUAUGGUCCAAAAUUUGGCAAGGAUCCCAAACACGUGGAAGUUGAUCCCGGACAAUCUGCGACAUUAGAGUGCAAAAUCGACGGGAAUCCACAGCCGACGAUAAUAUGGCGGAAAAAAGGAAGUGAACAUAUAUUAAGUAGUAAAGAGACAAUGACAAUAUCAGACGUGCGAAAUCAUGAUUUCGGCGCAUACAUUUGUUCUGCGACUGUUCAGGGCUUCGAUGAAAUAGAAUAUGAAAUUCAUAUAUUAAAGAAAGGUCCUCCAAAAAUCAGAAGUAAUCGAGACCAAUACGCCAAGACUGGUUCAAAAGCUAAAGUCACGUGCACAACAAUCUCCGUCCCCAAACCCCAAAAGAUUGUAUGGGCCAGAGGAGAAAAUCCUUUAGAUGUAAAAGUUAAUCCUAGGUACUCAGUAGUAGAAGAAGAUUUCUUGAGCGGGAGAAAAAGUUACCUCAAUAUAGAUGCAGUUGGCAAAGACGAUUUCGGUGAAUUUAAUUGCACCGUUGCCAACGACUAUGGGCAGGACAGUAUGCUAAUCAAACUUCUAGAAGAAGAAACUGUGCCUUUAGCCUAUGUCCUUGGUGGGGUGUUUGGAGGAGUUGUAGUCAUCGUGCUAGUAGCGUUAGGACUUUUCAUUUGCAAUCGAAGAAAAAACGAUAGACAAGAGGAUGUGUGGCAAAAGUGUGAAACCUCCGAGCCAAAAGAUGAGCCUGUCGUAGCUCCAAAAGAAAAUUCUCAUAAAAAGUCCAAGUCAAAGCAAAAUGGAGAUAUCAAGGUUAAAUACGACCCUGAAAAUAAUAGGUACUCAACGUCGCUCGAACCGUGGCAAAAAGACCCCAACCAGGGCUACUACCGAUACUCUGCUGAAUAUGAUGAACUUAGUUACUCAAAAGAUCAUCCGAAUCCAAAAAGUACCACAAAUGGUGGUUUUAAUGUUAAUCAAACGGGCGGGGGGAGUACGGGUAACGGGCCUGAUAUUCGGGCAGAUUAUGAGGGGAGCAUCAAAAGGGAGAGCGGCGGGCAGGUCCCGUAUAAAGACAGAUACGAGACUUAUGGCGACCGCCUCCCACCCCCGCCACCCCCGGCUGGCGGGAAAUAUAUUUAUAGCAUGGACUAUGACGACGGUGGCUCAGGAAGAGACACGCCUAAUAAAAGUCGGUACUCGACGAAUGUAUAGGACAAAUUUUCAUUAGGCUUUUGAACAACUCAACAAAUUGCAUUUUAUACAAAUUGUCAUGUUCCUAAUGCACUAUUUGAUAUAGUUCACUGAUAAAUAACAUCAUUUUUGUGCUAUUCGACAAUGGUGACACUCGCGAAUGUUCCAAUUGGGCUGUUCUGUCAUUACAAUGUUUGGUUUCUGCGCUUUGCCUUAGAAAAAGUUUGAAUUGGUCGCAGAAUUGGUCAGUAAAAGUGGUUCAACUUAAAUUCUAGGCUGCAUGCAGUGGCAAAAGAAAAACUAUGCUUCCUUUACUGCAACAUGAUGGUAAAGCAUGUUUAAGGCAAUACUACAUGUAGUGGGAAAAUAGCUAAAAGUAGACAACAAUUUAUUUGCUCUUGGUACUGAUAACGUCGUCACCAGUUUUAUGCAUGAUGUUAAUCAUUUCUACCAGCAUCUACACGUAGUAAUUAUGAGUUUUACUCCACCUGGAUACCUCAAAAUGUGAUAAUCUGGGCCAAAAUGACUACUUCUUCCACCGACUUGUUAGAGAAAGUUAAGAAUUUCGUCCGAACUGAACCAAUUCUCGUGGCCAUUUUAGAAUUUUCCUGGGUUGUGUCUAUAAAGAACCUGGUCUAUGUUUCAUCCAAGGAGAUCUGGCUUGCCAACCCGGGGUAAGUUUUCCGUACAAAUUGAUAAUAUUCAGCUAUUCUCCAAUGCUGAUCUGUGCAUAUUUAUCUCUUAUUUGUGCGUUGCUCCAUCUGAUGGCGUUUACCAGUGCAGUUUCUAAGGCGCAUUAUUUCCCUAGAUUAUCAGCUUCAUACGGUGCUUCUUGGACGAUAAUUAGACAGUUACUCACCAGGGGUAGUGCGUGUUUUAUUUUAACUUGGAUUUCGAGGACUGGAUUUAUAGAUAUCGGCAUUGUGACCUUGACCUUUCAUGACUGAGCCAUCGAUCAUAAAAGCAGCAUAAUUCAAGGAAUAUUUACUUUUAGUAGGUACCUGCCUUUGCCAAUAUGCAGGUUUUGCGAUAUUGUGUUAAAGAACCUCAAUGCUCUGUUUAUUUGUGACAUUUGGUAAAUAAUGUGUUCUAUGGGUCAAAAAGUUGCAAUACUGGAAUUCAUAAAGCAGCAUCUGUGAAAAUGUUUGCAAUUUGUUUAUUCAACAUUUUCAAGUACAAUUCAGAUACUUUUUUGUUGGAAGUGUCCAAUGGAGAAAAAAAUUGGGUGUUGCUCUUCAAUCAUGGACAAGAAAGCUAUUAUGUAGUAUGGUAGGAGCAGAUGCAAUGAUCAAGAGAUUUUGACCAGAGAAUCGGUGCUGACAACAUCGGGAAUUGAUGAUUGGCUGAUACAAAAGUUCAAGAAGAUUUCAGGACUUCCUAUGAAAAGAAUAAGGCUUUUUGCGAUGCUUGAAAGUUUCUAAUCAGAAUUAAAUGUUUAUAAUUUUUAUGUUGGUGUUUUCCAAAAAAAUUCACUUUUUCCUUACCGAUUUUUUUUAAUUACAAUUUUCGAAAGUUGAGAUUUUUCACGAAAUCCGCAAAAAUAAAACACCAGGAAAUAUUUUGCAGCUGACAGUAUGAUGAUUGACUGUCAUGUUUUUAUCAUCAUACUGAUAUCUUUUUCAUGUACAUGUCCACAGCAUUGUCUCAGUAAUAAAACUUGUGAAUAUGUAUCCAUUAAUUAAUGUAUUUCAUGUAGAUCUAAUUUUACUCGAGAAUGAUUAGUAUUUUGGAUGACAUGUCUCAAAACCUUAGAGUACAAAAUAUGCCGGUAUGGAAGUAUUGUGAACUUUUGGUGUUUUUAUCAAAUUCUCUGGCUUACUCUACUCCCCCAGAGACGCAGGUAAUUUGUAUCGCCCUGAAAACGUCAUGAUAGCGGAUUAAGAAACAGUCAACACUCAUGUACUCAUGCUGAAAAUGUAUUAGUAUAGUCACACGCAAAAAAAUUAAGUGUUUCAUACAACACAAACCAAAUAUCUUCUACCAACAUUUGAAUGAACCCUUUUGUUGCGAGUGACGUGCAUAGCACGUUAUGUCACAAGUCCUUGUCACUUGUGGGUGACAUGCCUGGCACGUCAUACCCUGCUAUGAAUCUUAUGAAUUCUUUCCAGUAUCUAAUAUGUCUAAUGACGGGUGAAUGAGUGAUAAAAUACGGGUUCUGUGGUGCACAAAAACGUCGAAGUUUGGAAUUUCCAUUUCAUGUAGGCUAUGGUUAAGCAACCAAUUUUUGUAUCCUUUUUGUCACUGUUUUCUUGAACAUGUUGAAUGCUGUGUCAAAUGGAAAGUUAGAAAAUGAGAAAAUUUAAUCAGAUUGUAAUGCAGUUCAAAAGGAAAUGUGACAUUCAUAGUCUACCACCAAAUGAAAAUACCGGUUAGGAAAUCUUAUAGUUUUGCCAACAAUUCAAACCUAUUAUGCUUAUCAAAGUGAUUGAUUUGGCCAUAGUGCCAAUGUGUGACACAUACUGUGAUGAAAUGUACGUAAAAAAAUCGCAGUUCUUAAAUUAUAAUUAUCACAAUACGAGUUAGCUGGGAAAUACAUAUAGUAUAUCACUUGGCGAGCAGGCAUAAUACUCUGUUGGGUGUAUUUCUUGCUUGGCAUAACACGAGUGCUCUUUUAUCAAACUGAUCAAAGAUCUUACUUGUGGGACAUGUUUUAUCAGAUGAUUUGACAAAAAAUUAUAGUUCAAUGUCAAUUUCACCAAUGACACACUCAGUCAGAUAUAUGAUCUUCUCCUAAACUAUUCAUUGAGGGCAACAAUUUUAUGUACCUACAUGAAAAUAAAAUAAAAUAUGUUGUGCUGAAAUAACUUGGUAUGUUACACUCAAAACUUCCAUAUCUAGCAUUACUGAUGCCAAAACCUCACUUAGAGAUGCAACUUUGACCUUAGGCUUGGGAACUUUUCAAAACGAAGCUAGUGGAUGCCAAUUUCAAGUAUAGGAGUCUAUUCUCUGGAGUACGGCACACUGCCAACACUCUGCGGUAGCAAAAGAAGUCUCUCAUCCCGUUGAUGUAUCCGACAGACCGGUGCACCGCCACCAAGGUUCAACAUCAUACAGAUGAUUAUGGUAUAACAUCCUUACACAAGACACCGUGUCCAAAUGUAACUGUUCAUUUUUCAACACCCCAUAUCGGCUAGAAUGGUGCAAAGUUCUUCAGUUUAUUUGUGAUUAAAAACGGCAGUCCAGUGAGACACACUAAUUGUGAUCUUCCAUUAUUAUUUGACGAUAUCAAUUGUGGACUCAAUGGGCAUAUUGUUUACCAGGUAAUAUUUGCAACCUUUGUAUUUUCACGAUAUCUGUAUGAUUCAGGAGGCAAAGGUGACAAGUAAACUCGCUAUGAUUUCCACUCGAUUGGAUUAACCAUGAAUAUGCUAACUUUUGGCGAUGAAGAACGCAUCAAGUCUGAAUGAAAUGAAAAAUGAGAAAAUUUGCCGAAUCUGCAGCAAUAAAUGUUUGCGAAAACAUCAUUUUAAUUUCAUAUCAGUUACCUCCACAAACACUUUGCACAUUGCUGCAAUAGAUAGUCGCUUAGGAUACUUUACAUUAUCGUUAAAAGGUCACUGAUGCACGAUUUCUCUGUAGGCCCUUUUGUUUUGAGUUUACUUCCAUAGUUGAGACGCGCUGAAACUAUAGUGGCUUCAUUUUGCUGAUCUAAGAAACACCAAAACUCAUCCAAAAUCCACAAAAUGUUAAAAAUAUUACCUGGACGACAUUGUCACCUUAGGUGUGCAUUGUCUCUAAACAAUAUAUAUUGUCCAAUUUUGGGGAAUUGGAAGAGUUCUGGUGUUUCUUUGAUUGGGAAAAUGAAUAGAUUAGCGAAAUAUAGUCACAUAAGUUUUACCUUAACCAUGCUAUCUAGGAUAUCGAACCCACCAUACCAACACGUGAUCUUACAUAUCCCAAAGUUAAAAUUGAGUAUCAAUUGCAUGGACAAAUUGCUGGUGUAUCAUUUUUACUUGGCCACCAAGCCAUGCACGAAUAUCUGUAUUGUUAAAAGGAGUCUACAAACUUCAGUGCUAGUAAGAUGCCAUUUUCGAAAUGUGUGCACUGAAUGGAAUGAUCUGGGGAACCAAAUUUUCUUAACUGAUGGGUAGGAAUCCCAAAAUGAACAGCCGUGAAUUUUGCUGUUGAACACCCAGUGCGUUUAUUUCAAAACGUACCAAAAUGUAGGGGUAGGAGUACAAAUGGAACAGCCAUUUUUCUCAUUUUCCAAUGGGUGUGACUGCCCAGCGGAACAGCGAUCAAUUUUGUGACAAUCAUUAGAAAACUAUGCUAUGCUUGUGUAUAAAAUGUUCUGAUGAUAAUUGCUUCUAUUUUUCCAAAGGUCUAAAAAUUGGUUCUUAAUUGCUAAAUUUCUCAAGAUGUUCGUUGCCAAACUGGUAUAUUCUGAGCAGUCACUCAAGGGUUGUACUAUCAAUUGUACUGAUAUCUGUACCAUGGCACUGUUAUCUGUACAAUGGUAUGACAUACAUGUAAUUUUGUGUCAGUCUGUUGAUCAAUCAGUCAAACUAUUCAACAUGUUCAAGCCCGGCAGAUUAUAUAAGCCAGAAAUAUAUAAAGCCUAUCAUGAUAAAAUAUACAUGUAGGACUAAUUUGUUGUAUCAGAAAUGUAAACCAUGAUGGGCUUUUUAUUCUGGGUUGGUAAAUUGUGAAUUUUCUCCUAGAUUCCACUAUUUUAGUCCAAACAUCUCCAACUAGUCAUUGUGCAUGUUUUUUUACUUGCAUGUACAUAAACGCACUCACUGUAAAUAUUUGUAGUUUUUUAUAAAAAAAUAUUAUAGAUGUAGAUGCACAUGCUUGAUAUGGUCAUAAUGAAUUUCACUUGGAGCAGAGUUGGGAUAUCUGUGCCUGGCGUGUAGAUUAAACAUUAGAGAUUUUGUUCUUGAGAAAGUGAAUCAAAUCAUUAGCCUCUAAAUCGCAGGUAAAAUGGUUUAAUACAUUUCAGAUUUAAUCACAUUGUAAAUGCGAAAUUUUGUAGAGUGAUCACUUUGUGUGGGAAGCAGCAUGAAUUGUAAAAAUUAACUUGUAGAAGGGCAUGACGUGCUGUGCAUGAUGGAGACAUGUGGGUUACUUGCAAUCCAUGUCGUCCACACCAAAAAGGUCACUGAAAAAACAAACUCAGUCACACCCUUCUUGCUUGGGUAUCUGAGGCCUAUCGAAGAUUUUGACACCUCCUCCCUCCCUCCCUUUGUUCGCAAAAGGUAUUUACAACAAUUAAAGGCUAUGAGAAAUUUCAUAUAGCAAGAACUAGAAUAUGAGCCUUUUCUAUAUCAGAAGUGCAUGUACAUGUAUCUCAAUUUAACUUCAAGUUGAAACCCACAUAUAUAACAUUUCACGCAACUUCAUGAAGAAAAAAUCACCCGAUUUGGCGGAUCUUGAGUCUAGAUUCGAUUCAGUGUCGACAAAAACUCUCCGGGGGGGGGGGGGGGGUAGUUGACUUUCCAUAUCUACGCGUUGCUCAGUCCAGUUCUUCAUAUCUCUGUGUAACACUCCAGUUCUCCACAUCUGCAUGUUACUCCAGAUGAAACCAAACUCUUACGGUAACGCCCCAUAUUAAUGAGUCCACUGGUAAUCGUAAAAAUCUAAAUCUGUCAACUGUUUCUGUUUUUGCAACUUUGUGUUUGUUAGCAGUAUUACCACAUGAAUAUGGAGACACUCUUACCACAUAAAUAUCGAGAACUGGAAAGUGACUUUGUCAGAUUGUGCACAGAUUCCCUUGGUAACAUGUAUUCAAACGAACUGAUGAUUAUUCUAUGUUAUAUGGAUUUCACAAUGCAUUUAUUAAUAUAUUUAAGAUUAUUUUGAGUAUUUUUAUCCAUAUUUUAAGCCAAGAAUUUGUACUAGUGCUGAUUAAAUUUGUUUCAAAUUGUGUGUGACUUUUGUACAAAAUGCUUUUGAUUUACAAUCCAUGUGGCUCUAUCUAAUAGGAUUUAGGGGUCUUUCAAAAAACUCUCGAAUGAACAUGGACUGUAUGACCUGAACACAUGUAAUUGAGAGUGGCCCCUCGGGACGUACUUUUUCAAUUAUUUGUACUCCAUUUGACUAGCAGCUACUGAUUUAGAGGCUAAGCCAGGGCAUGAGAAAUAUUUGACAAAAAAUUACUGGCAAAAUGGCACUGUUUGACAAGGAAUAGUAAUAAUACCUAUGUCAUAAUAUUAUCGAGUUCUGAUGGUUUUCGUUGAACAUACCAGAGUCCUUGAUAAUCGCUGGGUCAUUGUCAUAUGGCGACACACCCAAUUUCGUGCAUUUAGUAAAAAGUGUUACAAUAACGUGAUGAAUGUAGAUUUUUGUACAAAAGUGAAAAUAGCUUGUAAAUAUGUACAGUUGGUUUCAGAGUAAGUUUAGGGAAAAUUUGUAAUACAUUCCAUAACGCAACUGUACAUAUAUGUAUGCCAAAUUUCAGUAAACUUAUUCCGGAAUGAACUUUAGAAUUUCUGAUUUAAAAGGUGCACACGAGUAUUGUACAGAUCUCCAAGUGUUGUGACCCUUGACCUCAACCUCGUCCAAGUGGCUUUUUGUACUGCUUAGUUCAUGAUAGAUGUAAGGUGAUUUUUUUCCUAGGGACAAGUUUGUUGCAGCAUACGUUAGUUUCUCAUUCUCAUGGCAGGCUUUUUUCAACCAGUGCCAGCUCCUGUUUCAUGAUAGUAAAUAAAUAAGUCUCUUUGACUUUAACGGCGGAUAUCUUUGAAAUGUUAUGUAUUGGCGUGAACUAUCAAAUUGGCUUUUGUGUUCAGACAUCACAAAAAGUAUUCUUGUUUUAUUUUUCCUGUCACUAGUGAUAAGUGUACUGGGUGUCAGUCGUGACAAAGGUUCUGCAGGCCAGUUAAUGAUGGCGUCAUCUCAGUUUAUGCCUUUGAAGGUGACUGUAUAGGAAUAUUAAGUUCCCAGUAGGCCUGCCGAUGCCAUCACUCUUUCUUGUUCCAUACUAUCAGCCCUUCACAGGUCGACUACUUCCACAAAUGCAGAUCGAGUUUCAAGACUGGACACCAUUGAUUUUGCAGCCCGACCCUAUAUCUUCGGGCAGUGUUGGAAAAUAUUUCCGCAAAUGUAAGCAUUUUCAAAUGAUAAAACCAUUAAGUUAAACAUUUUCAGGCCCUUAAAUUUUGUGAUUGUACCCCCUCUCGUGAAAAGAUUUGGCUUCGGAAAAUAAAGGGAUUUGCAGUAUGCACACCAUGAACAUGAUGAAGGAAUGCUUUCUUGUAUUUUUCUGCAAAGAUUUGUUUCCUGGCCUGUCUGAGCUUUGUAUUAGUGCCUCUUGAUCAAUUAACUUCUGCCAACAUACUCAUAAUUUGCCUUCUCGGCGGUUCAUACAGACGGGGGGGGGGGGGGCUUAUGUUUUAAAGUCCCAGGUGGCAUUCUAAGAUACUAAGUAGAUUUAAGCGUUUUCAGGUACAAGAAAAGCUUUAGGGGGGUCAUUAAAAAAAACUGGCAAAAACCCUGUCAUCCUGGCUAACCUAGCCCUUUUAGCAAUAAAGUGUCGUCAAUCUAGUUUUCUCUGCCCCGGUCUCUCAAGUCUUCCCCGGUUCUAUCAACAAGGUUAACCCACAAAUUAACUAGUGGUAUAAACAAAGGCUCUUUUAGGUUCUGAAUUGUUGAAAUGGUGACUAAAUGUAGGAGCUACAUGUAGGGGGGGGGGGGCGUAAGAGGUAACAUUAACUAGACUCAAUAUCUCAGAAAAAUGGCACGGAUGGCAAAUCAAGCCUAAAAUUGCGGAGAAGAUUUGUCAGUGUUUCACCUCAAAGGGCCCUUUCUUGGCUAUACUAGCUUGGCGAGACAACCUGUACAAUGCGGUCAAUCCAGUCACAUGUUCUCAGAGUGAACCAGUGUCGACCUAUAUUUUUUAUGUGCUAUUUCUCAUAACUUUAUUUCUAACCAAAUAAGUUUGUCAACACGUGCAUAGGUGUCCAUCCAUAUCUCUCAUCUAGUACCAUUGUAAUUUGCUUUUAUUGUGCACUUCAAACUCUGUUCAACAUGUUCAAGAUCAGUGACCAAAACAAACCUAAUUAGCAGUUCAUGGUAAAUCAAUCAGCUGCUGUAAUUAAUUUGUUGGUCAGUAAUAUCAAGGAUAGAUUAAAUCCAUAUUAGAUCCUUAAUCCACACUUGGUAGAAUGCAGAAUAAAAGUUGAAGACAUCUCAUUAUGAAGAUUAAGCAGGAUUUGUGCUGGGGUAGCAGUGGCAAUGUCCCGCUGGAAGAAAGUCCAACCCUAUUAUGUCCUGACAUAUGAGUUGUGUAUGGGUCUUAAGAAACCAUGGCCAUUACCAAAAGCAGAUAAUUGUAUCCUUUGUUUUCCGUGACAUUCUAUCCGAGGAUAUUUCAAACUGUUACACCAGCUCUGAUUUCUCAUUUAGUCCAUUACAUUGAAGUAAUGAAUUUUAAGCCACCACUUCUUUUGAAGUAAUGGGGUCUUUUUGGUCAGAGGUCAUAUAGUCAAGUUCAGGUCCACGAUUGUUGGUCAAACUAUAUGAUGCCUCACUACAUGCAAAUGUUCGUUUUCCGAACGCUUUUAUAAUGUUUGUACGUAUCGUUUUUUGGCAUUUCACCCCUCAGUGUAUAAUCUGAAUAAUGAGGCAAUUCAUGAAAGGGGAGGUUUGUGGUCAUACUUGCAGCCUCCGUUGAUAAUAUGUGUAUACUACCUGAUCCUUUCACUAUACAAAGUUCAUACUGGGUUUAACAUUACCGGCAGUGCUAGUGCAUAAACACAUAUUUCCCUACAGGUCAUUUCAGCAAACUUGUUAUACAUGUAUAUGUAAAUUGAUUAUGUUCUGAUCAAAACUACAGUGUAACCUCCCUUUGCGGACACCUCUUUAUUAAGUUCACCCUCUCCAUUAAGGACUCUGUAUCUGAGUCCAAAUUGGUUAUUUCCAAUGUAAUUGACUUUUGUAAUCAGGACACCUCUCAAUUAAGGAUGGCUGGUAUCAGGUGUCCUUAACAGAGACAUUGCAUGUGUGCUAGACAAUGCCCUGCUCACCCCAAGUUUCUUUUUCAAGUAGAGAUGACCAGUGGGGUUAAGUUGGCCUCUCCUGGAAAAAUGAACCAGAGUGGUAUCCUAUCUCUUUGAAACGUUUCCUUUCCAAGUGGCUGACUUCUUAUCAACUCAAGAAGGCAAAGAUGAGCAAAUCUACUGUCUGUUUGAAAAGUAAGCUGUUGCAGCUAAAUUGGCAUAACAUGUACCAUGUGAAAUAUUAUUUUGUAUUCAGACACUUAAUUUAUGUGCUGGUUAUGUUGGUAAAUGAAACAGGCCUGCUAACAUUUGUACCUGUCUGAUAAAGUAUCGUGAAUCAAUUUUUGUACUUGUACAUCUGCAAAUGUAUAAAGUUAUAAAUACGUA